AUGGAAAUGAACCUGCCAGAGGAAGAGAACUGGUUCCACAAUUACUGCAUGCAGGUGGGCAACGCCUACGUCAUCGUCUACUCCAUCACCGACAGGGGGAGCUUUGAGAGCGCCUCAGAGCUGCGGAUCCAGCUGCGCCGAACGAGGCAAGCGGAGAACAUCCCCAUCAUCUUGGUGGGGAACAAGACAGACCUGGUGCGAUGCCGAGAGGUGUCUGUGGAAGAGGGCCGGGCCUGCGCCGUGGUCUUCGACUGCAAGUUCAUCGAGACGUCGGCCGCCCUGCAGCACAACGUGACGGAGCUCUUCGAGGGUGUGGUGCGGCAGAUCCGCCUGCGUCGGGACAGCAAGGAAGCUAACGCCAGGCGCAUGUCGCUCUACAAGCGCAAGGAGAGCCUCACCAAGAAGGUGCGCCGCUUCCUCGACCGGCUGGUGGCUCGCAACAACAAGAAGGUGGCGCUGAGGGUCCGCUCCAAGUCCUGCCACGACCUCUCCGUCCUCUGAGCGGUGGACCAACGGCACUCCUCCUGCCUCCCUGGGGCGGGGGCCCUGCCUCGUUUUCCUUACCCGCCUGUACAUAGGACUCUGCGCCCUUUCUCCUACACUAGUGUCUCUUAGGACCGGACCUUUUGGUAGGAAAAAUAAAGAC